AUUAGUUUUAUUUGCAUUUUUGUUUUUGAAGGAAAUACACUAAACUCUCCAAGUUGUUCUAUAAGCAAUGAUAUCUAAUUUCAUUCUGAAGCGGCCUCUAUGGAUCUCUUUAACCAAACUUUAACUUCUUGUUUCUUGAACUUUGUUGUACCUCUUGUUUUAGUUUAAAAAUUUAGAAACAUCACUAUUAACUGAAUGGCAUCGUUGGUACUUUUAAAGGAAGUGUAAAUUGAUUGAAAUUUCGCGUUUUUGUUCUUUUAUAUGUUGAUGAAUUUACUUACUAUCUACAUUUGGAAACAGGGGAUAACAUCCAUUGUUGCUGCAAGUCCCUUUCUCAUCUUAUCUCAUAUUGUUUACAUUUAAGUUCGGUUGACGCAGCUAUUUAGUCGAAGAGUAGAAUGCUCGUCAUUUAAUAACUACUAGUAUACUCAUACUCAUUUUUUUUUUAUAUUUCUUAAUAAAUCGGAAAAUGUCGAAAAGAGGAAACAUUUAUUUGACUUUUCUGAAAAAUGUUCUAUUUUAGUGUCAUGGCUUUUGGUGGUUGUGAAGGGGAGGAAAUGGAAGAGAAAUUGCGCCAUAAGAACAGCAGCUUAACUGAUAAAACAUUAAAUGAUAUUUCUUCUCAGGAUAAGCAAGAUUGUGUAAAUCUUGAGAAGAGUUUAGACGAGUUUAUUAAUAAUGGUGAUUCAUUGUCAUCCAGUGCAUCCAUGUCUGACUCGGAUUUGACUUCAACAGAUAGUGACGAUUCUCUUGCCCUUUCUGAAUCAGAAUCAAUUACGGAUGUGACACCUCUUAAUUCUCCUUAUUGUGACAGCCCUUUAUGCCAGAGCCGCCUAUCUGAAUACAAAUUAGAGGACAGAAGUGUAAACCCUACUCGAAAUCUUGAUAGUGGAAAGAAGUCAGAUGGAUGUGAUCCUCCGGAAGUCAAUAUUUUGAUGCAAGCAAUAGAAAAGUUAGAAAUUGAAGCUAAAAAGGGUGAACAACCUAAUCCCAGAGGCAGCUCCUCACGAAGACGUACUGUGUCUUGUGGUGGAGAAGAUGUUAAGAGAAUAGAUCAAGAAAAUCAACGUUUAUUUAAACGAGUCAUAGCUCAACAAAAUCGAAUGAGGGCCAUGUAUUCUUGUCCAAAUCAAUCAUGUUGGAAGAAUAUGAAACACCCAGACCUCGUUAAAAGUGACGGCGAUAUUUCUGUUUUGAAAAAAGGUGUUCAGUCUCCCAAAAAUGUAAAAGAUCCCACAAGGCAUUCUCAACGUCAGCAGAAGUGUUUAUCUCACCCAUCAUAUCUGUUUUCUUGUGGCCCUGUAUCAAGUAAGAGAGUGCCGAAUGAAGAUUCUGGUGAGAAAGAAGACAAAAUUUUGGAAAAUUCUGUGGCAUCUUCCACAUCUGCUAUAUAGAGAACUCAAAAUGAAGCUGAAACCACCAGAAAGGAAUUAAAUUUUAUUAAAAACAGCAUGUUUUGAUUGGUUGAAUGGCAAUGGAAAUUCUGUGAUAAAAGUAAUCUCAAUAUCUCUUAAUUUUCUCAUUGCUAUUUUUAUACUAGUAUAAAAAUGGGGAGGGGAAGGGGAUAGUGCUAAUCGUAAUAAGAAAAGAAAAAAAAAAUGUGAAUUAUUAUUUAUUCAUUCCAUCUUUUUACAUUUUGAAUAUCUUUUAAGUAAACAAGAAUCUGUUAAAUUUUUUAUCUAAGCUAUUUGAUAACUUUAUAUUAAUGUUUGUAUCUAUGUUUUAUUUAAUUUAUCUAUAUUUAAUAAGUUUUCUUUUGUUUUUGUUUUUUCUUACAAAUUAUAUAAUUUUUAAAUGAUAUUGAAUAACAAUAAAAUAAGUAUCACUAAAUACAAAAAUAUUUAAAAUAUUGGAUGUAACAUAUUUAUCUACUCUUUGCAAAAAAUAUAAUCUAUUUACAAUAGUUGUGUGUCCAAAUUUGGAAAUCAAAUAAUAUGCAUUUUAUUACACUUUUUAAGGUAUAAUUAAUAAGAUUUGGGCGACUAUAUACUUAUUUAGAAAAUGUGACAAUGAAAUCUUGUUGUUUCAGGGCAUUGAAAUUUGAUUCAUUUAUCAUUUAAAAAGAAUGAAUUAAAUGUUUGAAAUCCAUUUUUGUUGCUUUAAUAUUUUAUAUUCCGAGUUAAAAAAUGUAUGACAGAUUAUUAAUAUUGUUCGGUUGUACUUUAGAUUUAAUAUAUUUUACAACUUUUUCUGAUAAAAUUACUUAUCAAAUUAAGUUUGUAGCAGGAAUUUGAAUUUUCUAUUUCUCUAAUGAUAUUGCAAUUGCAUAUUUAAUGAUAUAGCUUAGCAAACCACUAGAACACUUUGUACCUCUUUGUCAGUGUCUCCUUUAGUGAUAGAUAAUAUUUUUUCUCUCGUUGUAUACAUAAAUGCAUUUAAAGAUGAGAAUUAGAUAAUUUCAGAUGAUAUCUAUUAUUUCACUUUUUCACAACACCUUAGAUUGAUAUUUACUAAGCCCAUAGUGAAAUCAUAUGCAUAAUUUUUUAUUUCUCUCAAUAUGAAAUGUAUUUUCCGCUUUUGAAAUGAAAAUCAUCAUUAAAAGUUAAUAUGCAGUUUUGAAGUAUAUAGAUAUAGUCUUAAUUUGCAUGUUGUGAUUGAGGGUAUAGCUUCAUUCGUAUAUUAAAAUAUACAUUGUGAUUGUACUUCUUAUGGACAUAAUUGUGUCAGUUGUAAAUGUGAAAAGUCAUGAAGAUGCAUCACUUUUAAUUGUUGGAUAUUUUAUUUCUGUGAUUAAUAUAUAAUUAACAGUUAUUUUCUUGAAAUAAACAUAGUUGAAUAAUUUUACCAUUAUUUACACUGAAAAUGAAAAUAUUUCCUAUUUAGCAGUGUUUGCAUACUGUAAUCAAUGCUGGAACACUUUGAUCUGAAUGAUAUUUUGGGGAUGGGUGAACUAGAAACAGAAUAAAGCAGAUGAUAAGGAGGGUAAGCCAGAGAUCGUUUCAAAAAAUAGAUAUAUGUAUAUUUUACAUUUAAAUAUUUAUUUUAUCUAGAUAUUAAAAUCACAAAAUAAUAACAGUGCUUAACUAACAGUUAUUACCUUCAUACUGUACACUUAUUCAAAAAUAAAAUAUAAAUUUUAACGUAAUUUGUACUGUUUUUCAAAAUAUGGAAAUGUUAAAGAAUUUUUUAAAAAAUUGUUAAUUUCAAGGCAAAAGUAAGAAAUGAUUCUGACAUGAGUAAGAAAUGACUCUGACUAGUUGGCGACUAAUCUCUCAAACAAAUGAGUGCAUUAGCUGGCAGUAAUAAAAACUUCAAACAAGUGGAAGGUCAUGGAGAAAGUAGAGGUAUAAUAAAUACUUUCAUGUGGAACACAGAGCGUUCUUUUCCCCUAUAUCUCUAAAGAUUGUUGUUGGCGAAUUUGGUGUUAUAAAUGAAUGAAUUAAAGCCAGAUAUGGUAAAUCUUAAUUUAUUUCCAUCUCCUAACUCAUCAAAAUAGACUCAUCUGCUAUCACACAGUUCUUACACCGUUUUUUAUUAUUGUAGAAAAAGCAAAUAUUUAGAAAUCUUUGUAUAGUAUAGUAUAAAAUGUUGACAGCUUGAAUUUUGUUAAUUUUUUUGUCUUAUAUCAAAUGUAAGUCAUACCAAGAGUAGAUUUAUUUGUUGAAAUUGUAUUCAAAAAUAUUUCUGGAUAUAUGAAAUAGAUAUCAGCAGAGCAGUAAUAAUUCUGAAUAUCAUAACUUUUUUGAAAAUCUUUUUUGUAGAAUUCCCUUAUUUGUUAUUUUUUGUAAGAUGGUUUUUAUUUAUGAGCCUUUUCUAACAAAAUUACAGUAUUACCCUGCUUUUAUGUUUCCUGUCUUUAACAUUUCCCCAUAGUUUACAAUUAUAUUGGCCAUUUCAUAUUAAGGAAUAGUCAAUGCAAGUUAUUUCCCUCAAUUUACAUUUCUCUCUGGUUUAUGCCAUUAUUCUUUUGAUGUCUUGAAAAGUAAAAAUGUGUGGUUAUAUUGUUUUUCUUUUGACUGGAUUGACUAUUUACUGUUUUCAAUAUAUUUAAAGAUAGUAAAAUGUUAUAUAUUGAAUUUCCUUGGUAUUUGGUGCAGAUUAUUCCCAAGAUUUAUUUAUAAGCAAUUGCUGCCCCACCCAAUUCCUCUAAGCAGGAGUUAGUCGUAUUAAAAACACAGCGUGCUAUUAAAUUGAGGGAAAAAAUUUAAGAAGUAAAAUUCAUAGUCAAGUGCCUUCAUGCAUCAGAAAUAAUGAUUCUUUCUCCUAAAACAAAUGGAAAUAUGGAAUAUUAUUAGAAAAUAACCAUGAAAUCACAUACUAGUUAUUUCUACUUUAUAAAUUGACUGUACAUGGAAUGAUUUUAAUGUUUAUGAAUUAUAGUUGUUGAAGAAAGUUUCUUAUUCAAAGGCUUUGUUUCAGAUAGUUUAGAAUAUUGUUAUAUAUUUAUAAAUAGCUUAUUAUUUUUUUUUAACAGAUAGUUUGUGCUUAGAGUUGCAUUGAAAAAUAUAUUAGUAAAUACAUCAUUUUUAAUGAGGCAAAAUAAGAUUCUUUAUAUUUUUCUAUGAAAGUGAUAAUUAAAGGUCUGCAAAUUAGAAUGCCUAAUCUUUAGAGUAUGUUUUUGUUAUAUAUCCAUUUCAUAUUUUUUUUUUUUUUUGUGUGUGUAGUACUUACAUCUGUAAAAGUAUUCUUUCAUUAUUUUUUUUUCUCAAUAGGGGAGACAAGGACUAGUUGUAACAGGAUAAUUUGUAACACACCUGUUAUACAGUGAUUUUUAAAAUUUUAGUCAGAAUUUUUGAUAACAUGAUUCUCAUGAUGGAUCAUAUUAUGUCAGCACAGUCAGUGUUCAGCUGAAACAAGCAGUGAAAGGUUGUGAACAUGUGUUCCAUUUUAACUUAAUGAGGGUAAAAAUAUUUUGUAAGUUUUGAUUUUAAGAUAAGUUGAAUUGAUCUCUUUAAAAAGUUUUUACUUGUUUAUUUUGUCUGUAUAUUGAAUUCUAAAAAGCUGCUUUAAUUUCUUUUACUAAUUGCAAUUUUUUUUAUAAAUCCACAAAGAUGUCCGGAAUUGUACUAUGGGACAAUUUGUUACUAACGAGAUUUAUCUUGAUGUAUGUUUGAUGUAUGUAACUCGACUUAGUCUUAAACAUUAACUUAAACAUAAACUUAGUUCUUAACAGCCUCUUCAAAGAUCAGAUCUUUCUCUAAGGAACAAUCUCAGAAAGAGUAAUAGAUGGUCACUUAAAAAUAUACUCCUAUUCUAACUAUCCCACCUGAAAAAGCAGCAACGAAAAAAGAAUACAGUGUCAUAAUUAAUCAAAAAUGAAAACAAGAGGAGCGAAGGAAAGGUUUAAGGAAAAUAAAUCCACGAGAAAGAAUAAAGGGGAAAGUGUGAAAAAGACGAUUUUGAAUUUGCACAGAUAUUCUGAAAACGCACAUGGUUUUGCUUAGCUUGUGAAGAUGCAUACAGCAACUCUGGCAAAAUAUUUAAUGACAGUAUAUCAUAUUAAUAUCCCAUUUUGAAGCAGCAUUAGUGUCACAUAAUUCUGAACAGAGUCAAAUGACAAAUGUAGCAUCUAAACUGGUGCUCCCUCUUCAGCCUUCUGUGCCUGACAAAUGUAAGGGCACUUGCCCCGAUAGAUUUAACAUUCACCAGAUUGGCCUACACCCCAGUUCUUUGGUAGAAUCUGUUUCAAAUGCAGUACCCUCUAACUCUAGAAUCUAAGGCUACUACAGCCCUAUGCAGACAAAGAAUUGUUGAUAGGUUGAAUAAUUUUACCAUUAUUUUACUGAUUUAAUGAUUAUGCGAAGUCAUAAUAGUUGUGUAAAGUCGUAUAUUUAUUUUAAGUUGUAAAUGAAUGAUAAUGAGUAAAUUAUUUUAAAUAUUGUUUUUUGUUACUAUUUGUCUCAUAUCUGUUACAAUUUGUCCCAUGCCUAAGGAAAUUGUAAUAAUUAAUAAGUUUUGAGAAAAUAUUUCUGAUGCCAAAAUCUACAAAAUUAAUGGAUUUUUCAAGCAUAUUAUUGAUAAAGAAUUAAGCUAAUCAAAGAAUCAUCACAUUUAAAAAUAUAAAAAAGUUCCAAAAAUUUUUUACAACUGGCAUUUGGCUUCAUAUAUUGUAUCAUGGUAUUUUAAACAAAUAUUUUAUUUUUAUUUAAUGUCAGAAACUAUUGGGACUGUUUGCAUUUUUAGUGUUGAAAAUUCUCUACAUAAAUAGGUCAACAGUAGAAAUUUUUGAUGCAGUAUAUGAAAACAAUGUGCCAUUGCAUUUGCAACCAUUGUGGCUUUUCAUAAUGUUUUUCUAUGUGCAAGGUAAUUUAUUAUA